UGGUGACUUUCCAUAUAAAGCAUUGUAGGCACAUCUGAGGAAUUAAGAGGAGAGAGGGAAGGCUCUACUGGCUUUAGCUCAUUUGCAAGGGAGAAAUUGAAGAGGGGAGAUUGUUUGAAGAAGAGGUGAUGGGGAGAGGCAAGAUUGUGAUUCGGAGGAUUGACAACUCCACCAGUAGGCAAGUGACGUUUUCGAAGCGAAGGAAUGGGUUGCUUAAGAAGGCUAAGGAGCUAUCAAUCCUUUGUGAUGCUGAGGUUGGACUGAUCAUCUUCUCCAGCACCGGCAGGCUUUACGAUUAUGCUAGCACUAGCAUGAAAUCAGUAAUUGAUCGUUUUAACAAACUGAAGGAGGAGCAUCAUCAGCUGUUGAAUCCUGCUUCCGAAGUCAAGUUUUGGCAAAGGGAGGCAGCAAGCUUGAGGCAACAAUUGCAGUACUUACAAGAAUGCCACAGGCAGUUAAUGGGUGAAGAACUUUCUGGUUUGAGUGCCAAAGAUCUACAGAGCCUGGAAAACCAACUGGAGACAAGUUUGAAAGGUGUCCGGAUGAAAAAGGACCAGAUAUUAAAUGAUGAAAUAAAAGAACUGAACCAGAAGGGAAAUCUCAUACAGCAAGAGAAUAUGGAACUGUAUAAGAAGCUAGACCUCGUAGGUAAAGAGAAUGCGGAACUGCUACAGAAGGUUUAUGGAGCAAGGGGCGUGAAUAAAGAAAACAAAAGUUCCCAACCUCCAUAUACCAUCACUAAUGGAUAUGAUUUGCAAACACCCAUCCAUCUGCAGCUAAGCCAGCCACAGAAUCAAACUCAGCCUCGGCCUCAGCACAAUGAAAUACCAGCAAAAGGAAUCAAAUUAGGGUAUGUCCUAAAACUGCUAACAAUAUGUAUACCUAUAGCAUACUAUAUUGAUUCUUAUGCCCCAAAAAAUGAAAGAAUAAGCAAAGCUUACUAUUUUAUUUAAAUUAUUAAUAUCUCCUCAAAUUCUGCAACAGAUUACAACUGCAUUAGCGCAAAGUUGUUUCACAGGUGUGGGUGGCUAUCUGUCAUUAUGCAGUCAACUUGCACCACAGUGAAAAGCAAUCUUCUAGAAGUGAGAUGUCAUACUUACAGUAGCAUCCAGCAGAGGUACCAGCAGCUUUGGUAUGAAAUGUUCCAUGAAACAAACUUUAG